AUGCCAGAUAGUAUUGUGAUCGUUUACUGGGAAGGCAAUAAAAUUGAAAUUGGGAGAAGCGAUCGCGCAUGUCCGCAAGAGACGAUUCCUUGGAAGACAGGUACCAUCGAUGAAGAAAAUAGUGAUGAGCUGAAAGAAAUAUUUAAUCAUUAUUUUCAGAUGUACGGCCCCUUGGAAAAUCAAGAAGUACAUGUUUUAAUACUGGAAGAUGUCUUUACUUCUAUAAUUGAAAAGAGAAUUAUCUGUGGGAUUCUGUUAUUAGAAUUAAAGUGUGCUUGCGUGUCGUUUAUUCCCAGAGUCAUCAUGCACUGUAUAUCCUGCAAUGCAACGAAUGCGUUAGUUAUAGAUGUAAGUGCUGCUCAUACUACGUGUGUACCCAUUUUUGACCUCAGACCUCUGCAAAAAUACAUAAGGUACUCAAAAAGGGGUAAAAGUCAGCUUGUACUAGAUGAUUAUCCCUCGGGCUGUCCCUACACGCCGAUAUUCUUUGACGAGGACUACAACUCUAAAAUUCAAGAUGACGAUGAAAUUCCAGUAAUAAAUCUUGCGAAAUGUAUUAUAAACUCACUUCCUAUUGACUUGAGGAAACCUCUCAGAGAAAAUAUCAUUCUAGUAAACGUUGAAGAAGAAUAUGAAGCAACAAUAAGAGACUUAUUCAAGCAGAAAAUGGACAUGUCUAAAAUCCAAUUAUCUAAAAAUUGCUGGCGGGGCGGUUCUAUAUACGCGAAAACGCUUUUGCAUGCUGAGGGAGUAAACGUUGUGGGAGUUAAAAGAGAAGAAUUUUAUAAUGAUCCCAACAUUGCUCCUGAUUGGUUUGAUUUCUACUUUAGAUCCGGCGCAAAAUGCACAAAAUAG